AUGUCAGUCGAUUAUAAUAGCGAUGAUCAGGAAUGGGACGAACUAAAAGAUGAUUUAGACAAUGCUAUCCAACAAGAAGUGUUACUUGGUAUUAUUAUUAAUUUACUUUGUUGGGUAUUGCUUGUAUUGAGUGGUAUUUAUAUUGCUUAUAAGUUUAACGUUCAUUGGGUGCCAUACUAUUUCAUAGACGAGGUAUUCCAUGUGCAUCAGACGAUUAAGUACAUUGGCGGGGAAUGGAUGAGUUGGGACCCUAAGAUUACUACACCACCGGGGUUAUACUUGCUUGGGUGUUUUUGGUAUCAUGUGAUGAAGUUUAUGACUCGUUGGAACACCCUGAGUAUCGUUAGGAUGGUGAACUUUAUAGGGGGCUUUAUCGUUUGGCCAUGGGUGGUAUUGAGACCCCUGUACCUAUUCAAUGCGAUUGGGUUUUGGCCAAUCACCUUGAUGGUUUUCCCGCUGAUAUUCUGUUUUAAUUUCUUGUACUAUACAGAUGUGUGGUCUACUAUAUUAAUCGUCGAGUCACUUGCGCUGGCGAUUACCGUACCGUUUGGUGAGCGGUGGAGUAUUUGGGCAAGUUCUAUAUGCGGAUUGAUCAGCUGCCUAUUUAGGCAGACCAAUAUAGUGUGGAAUGCGUUUAUUAUGGUGUUGGUGAUUGAAAGGCGGGCGCUGAUCCAUAAGGAUUUCAAUAAUUUCAAGAUCAAUAACUACCUGAAGUGGUUGCUCCAUGCAAUUGAAAACUUCAAUUCACUGGUACUGCCAUAUUUGGUCAAUUUCAUGCUAUUUUUUGUGUUUUUGAUCUAUAACAAGUCUUUGACUUUGGGAGAUAAGCAAAGCCAUGUGGCGGGGUUCCACCUAGUUCAAAUACUUUACUGCUUGCUAUUUAUCGCAUUCUUUAGCUUCCCUGUGUGGUUAUGCCGUGGCUUCCUUGCCCAAUAUGUGAUUCGCAUGCUGCUGAAGCCGGUCAGGACCUUAUUUGAGCUGAUCAUGAUUAUGCUAGUCAUUAGGUUCUUUACUGUCGUACAUCCUUUCUUACUUGCUGACAACCGCCACCUUGUGUUUUACCUGUACAGGAAGUUACUUGCACGCAAUUGGUUCUGCAAGUACAUACUAAUGUCAUCAAUCUACCACUUUGCGGUGUAUGUGUACUUCGAGGUACUGAGACCGUCAGUAAUGUUCUUCCACCCUAUCCUGCCAGUCGAAAUCAAGUCCCCUGCGGCUUUGCCAUUGCAGUUGAGCCAUAUAUCGUGGACUGCGUUGAUAAUUUGUACAAUUGCAACUGUUGUACCAUCCCCAUUGUUCGAACCCCGCUAUUAUAUUCUGCCGUAUAUCUUUUGGAGAAUUUUUGUGAUGGUAUCGCCGGAGCCGUUCUUUGCCAGACCUAAAGAUUAUAACCAGGUACAUAAUACCAAGAGACUAGCGGCUGAAUUUGCUUGGUUUCUAGUUAUCAACGCUGGUGUAAUAUUUAUAUUUGCUAGGUAUACCUUUUCGUGGCCCACCGAACCAUUUGCACAAAGAAUCAUUUGGUGA